AGAUUUAUAAUAAAAAUAUCCUCAGACGUUUUAAAAUUUCUGUCCCGUUGAUCGUGUCUACGGAGUGACAAUGAAGUGCCUUCUAUUAGGUGUUUUUGUGUUUGUUUUUGCAUCAGUUAAUAGCUAUAAUUUUGACACAGCAUACUACGCACCCUUUGGCUUACGAGGACCAAGAUCAAGAUUUGACUAUGAUUUUACAAAAUUGUCACCACAAUAUAGAACAUCGCCUAUAAAAUAUGAUUACUUUGAUAAUAUACUUACACAUCAGACUUCUAGUGAAAAUCCCGGCCUUAAUAAAAAUAGACCAAACGCCGGAAGCGAAGCAGCUUUCAACUUUGGUUCUACCCAAAAAAUUGGUGAACCUUACAAAUCCCAAGAUGAAAAUAUUCCAGUUGACAUUCAACAACAAGGUAUGCCUAAUGGAUAUUCUUAUUCAAAUACUGAAGGAUCUUCCGCACCUCAAUUUCAAAGCAAUUUGAGAACAACUACAACUUCCACCACAGCCGAACCAACACAAGGUUGAACAGACAGGCAGAGGAUGAAGGACUGAAGAUUUUGGGAUCGCAAAGAUCAAAUAUACCUAAUAUAAUCAAAUUACUUAGAUACUAAUUUAGGUAAUUAUAACCUCAUCAAAGACAAGUAUGACUUUUAAUUUUCAAAAUUCAAUGAAUACGUAGUAUCAGAAGUAAGACUUUCAAUUAAUUGGUUUACUAAUCCUUGAUCAAUUAUAUUA